GGAGAUACUAUUAUAGGGGGAUACUAUACGGAUUUUUUCGUUAUGUUGGUGUUAAGGAAAUCAUAUUUAGAGCGAAGGGAUUAUGAUUCUGUGUAUGACCCUGUUCGUAGUUCUACUUUCAGAAAAAAGAUUACUCUUAGGGCUCCGUCAGAUUGUUCAUAUUUGAGAUUUUUAGAAACGUUAAAAUCUGUAUGGAUGUCUAUUGAUCAAGACGUGUCACCUUUGGGAACUCCGCUUUACGAAAGCGAUACUAAGGUAUUAUCUGAAACAGGAGUUGCAUGGCCUUGGAGGGUACCGUUCCUACCCGGCGUGAUGUCUAUGUUAUCCUGUUAUCUCCCCAGAUCGCUGUCAAGAAGAAAAUCGAAAUUAGAUGCAUUAAAGGUGCUUGAUUCCACUCGAACCAGUGAAGCAGAUAGCCUAGCUGGCGAGUUCAGCAUCGAGAGGAAGCAAAAGAAAAUUCAAAGGCGAAAAAACAAGUGCCUCGUGGAUAAUUCUUUUGGCAAUUAUAACGCCGAAGUUGAAGUUGCAUCAACUGAGGCCUCUCCAUUAAAUGUUCAUGGCCUGUUACGCGUGAAGAUGACAAUGAAAAUCCUUUCAUUGCAAGAGAGGAAUCAAAGAAACAAUAAGGUUAAUCAGUUUAAGAUCAUUCUAUCAUGGAAACGUGCAAUCAAUAACAUAAAUACAAACAAUAUCUCUAGGAAUGACUGGGUGGAAGAUGGUCACAACAUUUCUCUUGAUUUCCGUGAAUUUCAAUUAACAUCGAUAAACCUAUUAGAGACCAAUCCCGACCUUUCAUAUAUAAAAGAUAUAGAUCGGAUACU